AAUCAAAUUCCUUAUCAAAAGACAAUAGGCCAACAAUAAUAGUAAUGGACUCUAUGAAUUCAAGCCGGUCUGGUAAAGUUACAAAGUUUAGAGCAACAGCUGUUGAUUAUGUACAAAGAUUUCUAAAAGAAGAAUGGAAAGAAAGGUUUAAUAAGACUUUCCCAGCAGCCCGACUUGUAUACCCUCUUGUUCCUCAGCAACCCAACUGCUAUGAUUGUGGAGUAUAUGUCUUAAAGUUUGCAGAAUACUUCAUAAAGAGUCCCUUUCAGUCAGUUCCACACAGCAUGGAUUUAAAGCAGUGGUUCACACAGCAAGAUGUCAACAACUUGAGGGAUCAAAUGCUGUCAACCCUAUCAUCUCUUUAGACAUUGUAAUAUUUGAAUUAUAAGCUAUAUGUUCCUUACGUUCACAUACCUUUGAACAAAGUCUCAGGCUUAUUGAAGGUCGCUGGAUCUGUUUUACUCAWAGCGGAAUUUGUAAGGUUUUGAAGGAUGUUAACAUCCAUGAUUAUUUAACAUCCGUCAUAACCAUAAAGUCUCUUGUCGAAAUUCAAAACAAUUCAUUUCUAGAGCUUCGAYCGCAGUAACGAGAACACAAAUAAACUCAAAUAAACGUAUUUUACCCUUUUAGCACGAGUAUAAUU